AUCUCCUUUUGUUUUAAGUUCAUGUUCUUUGUCUAUUUUGUGAAACUAAAGAGACUUACCAAAUACACUUUGCAGAAACAGAGGAGCAUGUGGUAGUAGAGGAAGAUGAGCAAUAAGGGUUUAGUUAUGUUCUUGAACAAGAGAGAUUGUGUUGUCCUCUGCUGCUGCUGCGAGUGCUUUAUCCUACAAGUCUUUAUCUUCCUCUUCUUCAAGUUUCCAUCUAAAGUUGCUCACAAGAUGAAGAGGUUUGUGAUCAGGAGGCUCAGAAGAAAGAAGAGAAGAUUCCUCCUACCUGCAAAGGAUGAGAUAAGUUGCAGAGAAGAGGAGCGUUUGUCUGGUGAUGUCUCCAGAGUUAGUUGCAUGGAAGAUAUUGAGGAGAUGUUGCAUGAACUUUCCAUGGAAGGAGAGUUUGUGUUUGGGAGUUUCUGGCGUCAUGGAGAGACUACAAACAACGAUUUAGACUUCGGAAACUCACAAUAUGAAAUAGCAAGAAACCAAUAAUGA